GUUGUAGCAAAACCCGUAAGCAGCAAGUACCCUUAAACAGAACCUGUAGCUAAGUUCCUAUAUAUACUAAGAUAUUUCCGAAAGGCCGGCAAAAAUGGUGACGGUGGAGGAUCUUCGGAAGGCCUCAAGGGCGGAAGGGCCGGCGACAAUCCUGGCCAUCGGGACAGCGACACCAUCCAACUGGGUUGACCAAAGCACCUACCCGGAUUACUAUUUCCGCAUCACUAACAGUGAGCACAUGACCGAAUUCAAGGAGAAAUUUCAGCGACUGUGUGACAAAACCAUGAUCAGGAAACGUCACAUGCACCUAACCGAGGAGAUCUUGAAAGAAAAUCCAAGCAUGUGUGCUUAUAUGGCUCCCUCGCUGAGCGUUAGACAAGACAUUGUCACAGUGGAGGUGCCUAAACUGGGCAAACAGGCAGCCGAAAAGGCAAUCGAGGAAUGGGGUCAGCCCAAGUCCAAGAUAACCCAUCUGGUCUUUUAUACCAGCAGCACAACCGAUAUGCCUGGAGCCGAUAUCCAGCUUUCCAAACAAUUGGAACUGAACCCAUCAACAAAACGGUUCAUGCUGUACCAACUAGGUUGCUUUGCUGGUGCCACAGUACUCCGACUCGCCAAGGACUUAGCGGAAAACAACAAAGGUGCCCGUAUUCUAGUUGUGUGCGCGGAGAUCACUGCCGCAACAUUUCACGGCCCAAAUAAGGCAGACUUUGUUAGUCUCAUUGGGCAAGCCUUGUUUGGAGAUGGUGCAGCUGCGAUCAUUGUCGGGUCAGAUCCUGAGCCUUGUGUUGAGAGGCCCUUGUUUGAGCUAGUAUCCGCAGCCCAAACCAUCAUACCUGAUAGUGAUGGGGCUAUCAAAGGGCAUCUUUGUGAAGCCGGGAUGACAUUCCACCUCGUCAGGGGUGUUCCUGAUGCCAUCAGCGAGAAUAUCAAUGAAAGCUUGGACGAAGCGUUUGGGCCUCUUGGUAUUUCUGAUUGGAACUCACUCUUUUGGAUUGCACAUGCUGGCGGGCCAGCAAUUUUAGACAAAUUGGAAACGAAACUAUCCCUAAGACCAGAGAAGCUACGGGCUACAAGACAUAUUUUGAGAGAGUAUGGGAAUAUGUCCAGUGCCGGCGUCUUGUUCUCUCUUCAAGAGAUGGUAAAGGCUUCUGUGAAGGAUAGAUUGAGUACCACAGGGGAAGGCCUCGAAUGGGGUGUACUCUUUGGUUUUGGGCCUGGUCUCACUGUUGAAACAAUUGUGCUCCGUAGUGUUGUUAUUAAUUAAGUGGGUGAUGGAGAUUGUUUCUUUGUGUGUGUUUUCCCUUUUAAUGCCAAAAUAUCUCGAUUGAGAUGAAUAAAUCCACCCCUUAGUGCAAAUUAUAUUGAGAUUUAAAUCAUUCUAAACAAGUCCUGGCUGCAUGAGCGGUACAUGUGUUUGAUCAAUUUCAUAUUAUCUCAUCAUCCAUGAUCC